UCCUUUAUUUUCUUAACAAAGAAGUCCACCCAAAUCCAGCACAAAAACAACUCAUCUUCUCUGCAAAUCUCUCACACGGUUUUAUUUGAUAGAGAUAGAGAAACUGAGAAAGAGAUUAGAAGUUCCGUAGCCUACAUUUUAUUUAGUUUUUCUGAAAGUUGUAGAUUUUGCAUAGAAAAGAACAACAGAAUGGCAGCAUAUAGAGCUGAAGAUGAUUAUGAUUAUCUAUUCAAAGUGGUUUUAAUUGGUGAUUCCCCUAUUAGGUACCGUGCCAUUACCAGUGCUUACUACCGAGGAGCUGUUGGUGCACUGCUUGUUUAUGAUGUCACUAGACACGUUACUUUUGAAAACAUCGAGAGGUGGUUAAAGGAGUUGAGGGAACACACUGACCCUAACAUUGUUGUAAUGCUCAUAGGAAACAAAGCUGAUCUGCGUCACCUUGUGGCUGUCUCAAGUGAGGAUGGUACAUCCUUUGCUGAGAGGGAGUCCCUAUAUUUCAUGGAAACCUCUGCAUUGGAUGCAACAAAUGUGGAGAAUGCAUUUGCUGAAAUCCUGACACAGAUUCACCAUAUCGUGAGCAAAAAGUCAGUUGAAACAGGAGAUGAGGGAGCUACUUCUAAUGUGCCGAUUAAAGGAGAGAGAAUAAACGUUAAAGACGACGCGUCUGCAGUGAAGAGGGGUGGGUGUUGUUCGUCUUAGGGUUGGUGAAACAAAAUACUAUUUCUGUGUUUGAGAUUGAAGAUGUGGGUUUGUGCUUAGCAGCAUCAAUAUCUAGUAGUUUUAUACGUAGUGAGUGUAUUCUCGAGUACUAGUACUAUCUAUACUAACAAGGAGAAAGAACAAGAAUCAGUUCUUUUUAUGAUGCACCCUAUACUUGAACUUUAUUAUUCUUUAUGUUUUCUUUUUGCCUACCUUCAGUUGGGAAAUAAUCAUUUAACUCAACCGAA